UUCCGGAUUAGGCUCUGGAAAUCUCCGACAGGCCGGGCACAGUGCAGGACAGUCACAGUGAGUCAGCCGUUACUUCAGCAGCGACUGUACAGUGAGGCUCCUCCCCCUAACUCCUCCCACUGCCCCCCCUGUAGCUCCUCCCACUGUUCCCCCGGUAACCGCCUAAUCUCGGGCUUACAGCACACGCGUGGCCGAGAUGUCGAAACACGCUACAGGUGAACCCGUCAGAUGUGCUUGUGUGCUUGUUAUGAAUUCUGGUAUAAUGCUGAUGGUGUUUUGCACAGUGGGUUUGGGGUAUUGGGGUAUUUUCAGAAGUGAUGACAUGAGUGCUGUGGGCUGAUUUUGGGCUGACUGUGGACUGACGGCGACGCCCGUCUCUGUGGUAUUCGUUCCCUCAGCCGGUGAGCAGUCCUUGCAGGACAGCGCCAUUCUGCCUUUUGACACGUUCCAGAAACUGAGGUUCACCUGGGACCCCGAAACUCCAGGGGUCACAUGGCCAAUGCUGGAGGGGGACGGGCCGGGCAGACGCUUCAUAAGCGUGGCUGAUCUGGAGGAAGAGGAGUUUCUGCAGCGCCUGCCUUCCUCCCCGCCGCCUGCCGAGCGCUGCCGAUCCUCCACGCCGCCGGGGCCCGUGUCGCUUCGCUGCCUCGCGGGCGCGGUCCUCGAGCGUUCCGCCUGCCCACAUCCACUUUCCCCGCCCCCUCUGAAUGAGGCUCCUCCCCCUGCGCCUGCAGAACCGGUGGUGACAGUAUCGCCCCCUGCAGGUUCACAGGUGCCGGUGACGUCCGCGCUCCCUGCAGUUUUGCAGGCGGUAAAAGCGGUGCUGGAGCCCCAGGGGGCUGCAGUGACCCUCAGUGACAGAUGGGAGCCAGGCCAGCAGGGGGCGCUGUCCAGGAACAAAGUCCCUACUGGGCUGCUGGAGAUGAACGCCUGGCUAGCCUCUCUCCAGAGCAUCGCUGACCGGAUGGAGAGGGAGAUCGACGAGACCAAGAAGCUGAUCACCGCCAUAGAGAUGCUGGACCCCGCGGUCGACCCCGCGCCUAACGAUGUCUGUGAGGUCAUCAAUGCAGGGAUCACACAGGAAGAGCCCAGGCAGCUUGCUGCUCCCACCCAACUCUGCCCAACCCGGUCAACCCACUGAGCACAUCACUUACUGUGGGAAGAACCAAUGAGCCUAUGAGGUGGACGAUACAUGGGAACCAAUAGGACGUCCUAGCUGGAUAAUAUGAGUGGCGCAUAUGUUGUCCAGUACAAUCAGACUGUAAGCAUUGGAUCAUUUCAUUGGAUGGUUCCACACCUCAGGCUGAUUUGGAUCAUUUCAUUGGAUGGUUCCACACCUCAGGCUCAUUUGGAUCAUUUCAUUGGAUGGUUCCACACCUCAGACUGAUUUGGAUCAUUUCAUUAAAACAGGUCACGUGUGUCUCUGAAGACAUACAUUACAUACAGUAGUAGUGCUUAGUCUUAGAAUUGAAUAAAGCCAACAGAAUAAAGCCAUAAAACCUAUUUCCACUGAGCUCCUUCCCCUCUUGUGUUGGGCAGACAGAAACGACAGGUGUUCUGGAGACCGUAGCGCGGCGCAAGCAUGCAGUAAAUUCAUGAAGAGACGGAGAGCAUCUGUCCUAUGGACAGGAAUGUAAAUGAAACAACAUGGAUGCUGUGGUCUUCCAACGUGGGGCUUUGUGCGGUAUCUAAAAACACGCUUUUCCCCUGAGGAGACCGUGUAAACCGGGCUCAGAGCUCCUCGUUACCGUGCCAUUCUCAGAGGAAAGGCCCCACCAGCGGAGCAGGGCCCUCUGUUCACAGGCUUUAGUAGUGGUUUUGCAUUUAGUGCAAUUUAAAACAGAAAUUGAACCGUUUUGUGACUAGAAAACUUCUCUGACAAACUGUAUCCCUUUUUUUAAGCAAAAAUGCCGUAAUUUAAAAAGUCCUUGAAGAAAAUAA